ACAUUGCCGCGCGAUGAGUUUGAUUGGAGUUAUCGCUGUUUUGUGCCUUUUGGCAACCAGUAGCGGUCAAAGAAUAGAGGAUCCGGACGCGAUCGAGUGCCCCGGUGGAUACUGUACUCAGAAAAACCUGUGCCCAAACGCGAGCACCACUUUGUCGGACGAUACAGCAAACGCGCAGGACACCGGUUUGAUUACGUUGCGCCUCCAGGACACGGAUGAAUGCUUGGAUUACAUGUUGAUGUGUUGUACAACUUUAAAUGCACCUUUGGGUCCCAUCAGCAAUGAGGAUGAUGAGGAAAUCGAAGUACCGGCUUCAUCCUAUGCUCAGUGCGGUCAAUCGAAUGAGCAAGGACUAGUGUACAAUUUUCAUCACAACGAUACUCUGGCACAGUACGGCGAGUUUCCUUGGAUGGUGGCCGUCCGACAAAUCGAAAACAAGGACACCAAAUUUUUGUGCGGUGGAACGUUAACGCAUCCGCGAAUCGUGAUAACGACGGCACACAAUGUCGAUGGUAAAACGAACUUGAUUGCUCGUUUGGGCGAGUGGGAUGUUAGCACGACCAAGGAACCUUUCCCGUACAAGGAUGUGGCCGUUGAACGAAUAAUAACUCAUCCGGCUUACCGUUACAAACCGAUAUCGAACGAUAUUGCAUUACUCGUGCUUGAAGAUAGUGUCGUUUACGAGCAGCACAUCCGACCAGUCUGUCUACCGGCCCCACAGGAUCGAUUCACCGGCAUACGCUGUUUCUCGACCGGAUGGGGUGAAGUUGGUGGGAUUUACGCGAACAUUAUGAAGAAAAUUGAGCUACCGGUCCUAUCGCGGGACAAGUGCUUGAGAUCGCUGCGUGCUGCAGGGCUGGGGCAAAAUUUCUCCCUCUCAAAAGACUUUCUGUGCGCUGGUGGCGAAGCAAACGUAGACAUGUGCAAAGGUGACGGAGGAUCGCCAUUGGUUUGCCCAACAGACGGUGGAUCGUUCGUGCUGGCCGGAAUCGUUUCAUGGGGUAUCGGAUGCGGUGGCCACAACAUUCCAGGCGUUUACGUUGCGGUUAGCAACUACGUAGAAUGGAUUGAGGAGACUAUUGAAAACAUUAGCAUGUGUGUGUUCGUGGUGCUGUGGCUGGCCGUAAGAAUAUUGGGUGAAGUCGCGGACAAAACGCCAUGCCCUGGGGGCUUCUGCCAACCUAGACACGUUUGUCCGCAAGGAGGGCCAGGUCAGAGCGUGGAUCCUCAAGACGCGGGUCUUAUCAUUUUACGAUUGUUAGAGGACGAGGAAGACGAUAUUUGUUUAGAUCUCAUGAUGACCUGUUGCUUGACGCCCAACGAUACGAUACCCAAUCCUUCAAGCUAUGGCACUAUAACUAUAAAGGUUGAAAAUAAUGAUAUUUUUCCAAACGACACGUGCGGUGAAAGCAACCCAGGUGGUUUGAAAUACAGACUAGAGUCCGACGCGCCAGACAAGGCCUAUGCCCAAUACGGCGAAUUUCCCUGGACGGUGAUUUUGAUCGAGGACACGUUCUACAACGGCCAGUCAAGGUACGAACCGAUUGGCGGAGCAUCCUUAAUUCAUCCGCGGUUCGUCGUAACGGUGGCGCAUGUUUUGCAAAGCCCACUGCCCAACAGAGUGUUUGCCCGGUUCGGCGAAUGGGACUUUGCCAGUGAGGGAGAAUAUUGGCCAGUGGAGGAUAUCGACAUUAAUAAAAACGUUUUCAUUCAUCCGAAUUACAUUGCAAGAGGUUUUAAAAAUGAUAUUGCCCUGGCCAAACUGGAGCAGCCGUUAGUCUACAAAACGCACAUCCGGCCCAUCUGUCUGCCAACAACUCCGGCCAUGAAGGAUCAGUUCGACGGUCAGCGAUGCACCUCGAACGGGUGGGGUUUAGAAAUGAAGACCAAAACGUACGCUUCUGUGAUGAAACGAGUUGAUCUGCCCAUUCUGCCGCGGGAAAAGUGUGAGACAAUGUUACGAGCCUCCAGACUGGGACCAUUCUUUAAACUGCACUCCAGCGUUAUCUGUGCCGGUGGUGAGCGGGAUCUGGACAUGUGCACCGGCGAUGGUGGCUCCCCGUUAGCGUGUCGGACGUCCGCUGGAAAGUACGAGCUGGCCGGAAUUGUAUCCUGGGGCCUUAGCUGCGGAGAUCAAAACGUUCCGGCCGGAUACGUUGAUGUUGCGCAAUUUGUCGGCUGGAUCCAUGAAACGAUCGCCGAAAAUGAUGUAGCCUGAUAAUGGGGCAUUUAAACGCCUG